GACCGCGGCACCGGGACGGGUCUCUGCGUUUCACCGACAGAACCACGUUCGAUCCCCGCAGAAUGAAGUUCCGCUCCUCACAGAUUCAAGAGGACAUGGUGGUGAGAGGGUGUCCCAUGCUGCAGUAGUGGAACAGUGACAUGCUGGCCUGUCUGCCGGCAUCAGGUGACCCCACCGCCAGACUUCUCUCCCGCACGCAGAUGAACACUGGACUUCAGAAAUGGGAAACUACACAGAAGAUGAGAUCUGCCAGCUAUCCAACCCCAGCAGAGUUGGAUGCCUUUGCUAAGAAGAUCGCCAACAACCCUCUGACCAUCCAGAUCUUCCCCAACAGUGUGAAAGUGCCUCAGAGGAAACACAUCCGACGCACAGUCAACGGGCUGGACACGUCCUCGUCCAGCCAGCGCCACAGUCCCUACCCGUCUCAGGUCAGCGCCAGCAGGGGCCUGCUCGCCGUCCUCCGAGCGCCGGCCAAAGGCGUCAUCAAAGAGUCUGACGGGAGCCGCGCCCGGCAGCUUGGUAAGAGCAACAUGAACCCUCACAGCGGGCCGUACGCCACUCAAAGCACUUUAAACCAUCAUCCCCAGCCUGCGCCGCAUCCACAGGGCCAGGCCGCCCACAAGCAGGGGAUGGUUCACCCACAGGUGCUGCAGCAGCAGCAGCAACAACAACAACAACAACAACAGCGGCAGCAGCCGCCGCAACAACAACAACAACAACAACAGCAGCAAAGUAUGACUCACCCAAUGACUCUCCAGCAGCCUCACCCGGGGGCUCUGCAGCAGAGGAGCAUGGCUCACGCUCAGGCUCUGCAGCGGCAGCAGAGUUUGUCCCAGGUUCAGACUUCACAGCAGCAGAGACUGACACACCCACACACCCAGGCUCCUCCUCCUCCUCCUCAGCAGCAGCAGCAGCAGCAGGGUCAGGGUCAGGGUCCGGGUCCGUCCGGCCCGGCAGUCGGACCACAGCAGCAUCUUUCUCACCUGCAGACACUAAAGCACCAGGCUCCUCCUCCACAAGCUUUACUGACACAACAAGGAGGGACUCAGGAUCUGCGCCACACAUCUGAUGGAGCUCAGCUCCCGAGUCUGCAGCACAGCCAGGGGCUGGCAGGCCCACAGCCUCCUCCCCAGCCGGGGGGUGCAGGCCCCCCAACCCUGCCUAAUAGCCUCCAGCAGCCCCCCCCAGGGGCGUACGGGCCCCGGAAGCUCCCUGAUGCAGACGCUCCACCAAAUGUUACUGUAUCUACCUCCACCAUCCCACUGUCCAUGGUGUCCGGCCUGCAUCAGAACCGGCCCAGUGACAUCAGCAGCAUCGUUCACCAAAUCAACCAGCUGUGCCAGGCCCGGGCCGGCAUGGGCACCACCUCCGUCUGUGAGGGCCAGAUAGCAAACCCCGGCACCAUCAGCCGCAACCUGCUGAUCAACGCCAGCUCCAGGGUGUCCUCUCACCACCCGGGCCUGGGCUCCGGGCCCAGCUGCCUCCUGGUGGGACCCCCAGACAAGGGGGCGGCUAUGACCCCCAGUGCUGGGCUGCAUUCACAGCCAAACAUAGCUGCUACUAACAGUUUACCUGCCUUGCACAACGACCCGGAGAAGCUACAACUGCAGCAGCAGUAUCAGCUUCAGCACCAUUUACAUCAGCAGAAACAACAACAACAACAACAGCAGCAGCAGCAACAACAACAACAACAGCAACAGCAACAACAACAACAACAGCAACAACAGCAGUUGCAGCAGCAGCAUCUCCAGCAGAUGCAGCAGCUGCAGCAGCAGCGCUCCUGGGCCCAGCACCAGCUGGCCCACAUGCAGCAGCCUCCUGAGGGGGCCCAUCCCUGUAAGACCCCAAGGAUGGAGGGUCCAGCCGAGUGUUCUUUCCCCUCUCGGAACCUAAGCUAUCCUCACAAGCUACCAAACACUACACAAUCCUUUCCUCUGAAACACCCUGCUGAAAAACCACGGUCUUCAUCCCCUGUGAACUGUGCAGUAGGUUCUAUGCCUUACAUUAAUAGCCACUACAUGCAGCCCCUGUGGGGGGGGCUUCCAGCCACAGCAGGGAACAAUGGCUCUGGCCCUCAGGACCUCCCUGGGACCUACCAGGGGGGGCCGGCCGCUGCCUCCACAGAACGAAUCCCAGGGGCUAAGUACCGGCCAGGGAAGGAGGGUCCGGGUGGGCCUUCCAAGCUGAUGCAGAAUGUGGAUUACUUGGCAGGGGACUUCCAGAUGCCCGGCUUCCAGGAGCAGAACUUGGAUGUUAUUGAGAAGAUGCACAGGUCAGCAAUGGGCCAUGUUCAGGAGCCCAGCGGAGGAGGAGCUGUCCACACUCACCACCCAGGCUACCGCUAGCACGUGUGCUCCUCCCCUCCUGGUGUCUGGAGUCUCAGCUACUUUCAGCUUCUGUGGUUUAUUCUUUACGAUCUUGCAAGCGAUCGAUUAGUUUAUUGCUCCGGAGCUUGAUUUGCAGAGCCACCAGGUUGUGAUGAAGUUUUCCUCAGGUCUUAAGCCAUGUCGUACCUUUUGUUGCAGAUGAAGGGUUUUUGAGAUUGUUGAAUAGAAAAUCCCUCUUUUUCGUCACUGGCAUGUAUUUGCUGCUCUUUCUUCAUGUGUAUAUAUAACGUGUUCGGACACAUUCGUUUGCAGCUGAGAAUAUUCUCACUAUAUAAUCGUCACAGUGCUUCACCUCGUUUGACCACAUGGAACAACUUUACUUUUUUUCCCCAACAUUUGUGGCCUUACACCUGCCCAAGGCUAGGAUGUCUGCGCGGAACGAUUUUAUUUGCAGUUUUUUUUAUCCCCUCCACAGAUCUGUGAUCCAUUUAAACAAGAAGGUUACAUGUAUAUGCAAUUAACAAGACUGUUGA